GUGGGUGAAAAUCUGACAACAGGGUCACAUGUUGUAGUAACUAGUGAUGAAUUCAUGAAUUGGCGUAAUUGAUUAAGUUAGAAAGUUACGUACUGACGUUUACUUACUGUGAAAGUUCGCUGAGUGAAUUUCUAAACAACACGUCAACAUGUCUUUAUCGUAUUACAUAGCCAGCUAGUUUUGUCAACGUUUCCUUCAUUUGUAAAACGUAGUUCGCCCUGUGUCAGUCAUCUCUUGCAUUCCAAUACAGAGCAGUUUGCCAAAAAAAUCCAUAAAAUGGAUGACACAAGUUUUAAAUUGCUUGCAAAAUAUCUACCGUCUACUUACGUCCAACAAGCCAAAGAUGCCCGAAAUUCUCAGAAUUUCUUAAUUAAUCAGUUACUUGAAAAGAGAAAAUGGCCAGAAGAAGGAUGGAGUGAUAGAAGUAUUGAGAUGCUGCUAGAUGAACUAGCCUCCCUAGACAGCAAUAAUUUCUUGAAGAAUCGUGGAGUUGGUGAAAGAGAGGCAAGAAUAGCCUCCUCUCUCGUGGCAAAAAGAAAUUUUCAUUUAGGACAUGGACUUGGACGUUCUGGAGACCUGACUGAAGUGCAGCCCAAGGCUGCUGGUUCUAGUGUCAUGUAUCAGUUAACAAAUGAUUUGGCUAAAGACGCUUUGCGGACACUUGGAGUUCCUGGAAUUCAAGCUUGCUUUGUUGCCCCUUUGGCCACAGGCAUGAGUUUAACUCUUUUAUUCCUCACUCUACGUCAACAGAAACCAAAAGCUAAAUACAUCAUUUGGUCUCGUAUUGAUCAAAAAUCCUGCUUCAAAUCGAUCAUCACGGCUGGUUUUGAGCCAAUAAUUGUCCAAACUGUUUUGGAUGGGGACGAGUUAGUAACGGACACGGGCAAAAUUGAAGCAAUUAUAAAACAGACAGACCCCGAGCUGAUUGCUUGCGUGAUGACCACAACGAGCUGUUUUGCUCCACGAGCAUGUGAUGACGUCGAAUCAGUAGCAGUUAUAUGCAAAAACCACAACAUCGCUCACGUUAUCAAUAACGCAUAUGGAGUUCAAAAUACAAAGUGCAUGCAUGUGAUUCAGCAAGCUAGCAAGAAAGGCCGUGUGGAUGCGUUUGUUCAGAGCACAGACAAGAAUUUUAUGGUUCCUGUUGGUGGUACAAUUAUCGCCGGCUUCGAUAAACUGUUUAUCAAUAAAGUCAGUCAGAGCUAUCCAGGCCGGGCUUCUUCUAGCCCAAUUAUAGAUUUGUUCAUCACACUACUCUCUUUAGGAUCAAAAGAAUAUAUAUCUUUGGUAAAAGAAAGAAAACAACUAUAUCAAUCACUUAAAGAAGGUUUGGUCAAGGUGGCCUCCCAAUUCGGACAGCGAAUCCUGCACACCCCGGGCAACUCGAUAUCUAUUGGAAUCUCAUUGCCGCCCUUGCAAGAUCCAAAGAUACUGACUCAGUUGGGCUCCCAACUGUUCCUUCGUUGUGUUUCCGGUACGCGGGUCGUGUCAAAUCUUGAGCAUAAGGUUAUCAAUGAUCACGAGUUCCGUAGCUGGGGAUCUCACCACAACAAAUAUCCUACAGCAUAUUUAACUGCUGCAGCCACAAUUGGCAUGACGCCCGUCGACGUUGAACAGUUCCUGCAUCGAUUAACCAAAGUUCUGGAAUCGUGGAGCGCUAAGAUCGCUCCUAUUGCUUUCCCGUUGUUAACAAACGGACAUGAGGUCUUUGCUCACGAUUUAUUAUUGACAGAUGAUUAUCUAGUUGACCAGGAAUCUAGUGUGAUAUAGUUUCCCUGUCGUUUAAUUUCUUUUUAAAAGAUUGAAUUCAUUUCCUAACAACAUUUGGAUAGAAACAAUUUUUUCUCAUUUUUUCCCAGUCUGUAUUUAAUUUAAUAAUUAAUCUCUUUGUAAUUUUGAAAAGGUAGGAUCUUGAAUAGAAACAAAACAUUUCUAGUCUGAA